GAUACCGAAACUACUAAUGCAUAUGUACAGUGUAUAUACAGUACUUCCUAUUACAAACAUUGAAUUCACAAAUCGGAGAUUUCAAUUAGGUAACAUAUGAACUAUUAUCAUAGGUGACGAACACAAAUGGAUCUUCAAUUUAAGAUAUGACUUGACACUAAGAGAUUAGAAACUGCCCAACAUACAAAUACAGAGAUGACGUUGUCGGGACCAAGGGGCCUCAGUAAACUGCUGGUUGGAGUGAUUCUUGUAACACUGGGGCUCAUAGUAGGGCUAUAUUCGCCAUAUCAUCUUAAUGACCAACCAAUCAAAAACAUCGAUACAGUUCGUCGGAUUCAACGGCUGAAUGAUCAACCAAUCGAAAACGUUGACACAGUUUUAAGGGCUAAACUUCCAAAUGAACAACCAAUUGAAAAGCCCUCAACUGAUGUUCAGAUGGAGUCCGACCAAUCAAAAUCCUCCUCUGUAAAUCUCACAACAGAUGUUCGGAUGAAGUCCGACCAAUCGAAUCCCUCUCCUGUAACAUGUGAGUCUAGACUUGGCAAGCGAGAUUGUCUUAAUUCCAAGAGUUGUGGUUUUUGCAUUAACAAUGACACCAGUUCAUGUGCGACAGGAACUAAAGAUGGAGCGAAGUAUAACCAAUGCAAAACAUGGUGUUACAAGUCCGGGAAUGGAAAAUGCCGCUUAUAUAAAAAGCUUAUUGUGUUUGGGAAUGGGCCAUCUUUGAAGGGAUUCGAUUUCUUAAAGACUAGAGGAGUAGACACCUUGGGGAUGAAUUUAGCGUUUAGGUAUUGGAAACAGAUUGACUGGUGGCCGACAUAUUACGCAUCGUUUGAUAAAAUAGUCAAUGUAGACCACAUCCCCGAGCUUACGGAAAUGGUCGAAAACGCGGAUGAACGCGGCAUGAAAUUAUUUUUCACUCGAGAAAAUAUUGGGAAAAGAGAACCUAAACUGGGAUCCAAUCCUAAAAUCAAGUUCAUUGAAACUAUUAAACAUGAUAAAGAACACCAGAAUAUGGUCACAUUGACUCGUAAAAUAUCCACCGGUUCUUUAUCCGCAAGAUUAGGCCAGUACCUUGGCUAUGAGAAGAUUUUAUUACUCGGUAUAGACAUGAACUACGUUGAGCAUGUAAACGGAUCUACAUCACGAAAAGGUGGCGGAUUAAUUAUGGAGGAAACCCCCAAGGAAAAUCCGAACUACUUUUUCGCUAACUACCAAAGGAAAGGUGAUGUGUACAAUAUUCCGAAGAAUGAGGCGGUUCAUAUUACUGCGUUUAAUGAAAUCUUAGAGGACGUCAAAAAUCAUCCAGAGUUCAACGUGGAAUAUUUCAAUGGAAGUCCAGUGUCAAGACUAAAUAAAAUGGGAUACAAAUACAAGACAUUCGAAGACUUUAUGAAACUUUAAUACAGAGUUCUCCGUCGCACUUAUGAAAUUGUUAUUUUUUAGUUUUUUGCCUUGUGUUAAACCAAUAAAAUAUACAUAAACAGUGUAUGCAGUG